AUGUCCUACGGAUCCAUCGCUGGCAGUGGUGGCCUGGGGAGACAUGGCCCUUUCGGGGGACCCUCCAGACAAGGCUAUCAACCCCUAGAGUGCGCUAAAUGUUGGACCGAGUACGGAAUCCGCCAUUUCCCCUGCCCGUCGCCAGAGAGCAGCCCGCAGGACCCCUGUGUGGGCAAGGAUGGGGAAGGUGAUCUGGGGUCGGCGGGCACGCCCAGAGGCCCAAGGGCCAGGAAGCGAGGGCCAGGGGUCACCCCUGAAGGCAGUGGGACGCCGGAGCCGCCCUCACCACCCGCUGCUGGCCCAAGGAGGGACUCCUCGGGCGGCAUCCACAGCCGGCUGGCGGGGCCCAGCGCCACGCGCGCUAAGAAGAGGAAGCCUAACUUCCGCCCGCAGGAGACGGAGGUCCUGGUGUCCAAGGUCAGCAAGCACCACCAGCUGCUGUUCGGCACGGGGCUGCUGAAGGCCGAGCCGGCCCACCGGUACCGCGUGUGGAGCCGCAUCCUGCAGGCCGUGAACGCGCUGGGCUACUGCCGCCGCGACCUCGUGGACCUCAAGCACAAGUGGCGGGACCUGCGCGCCGUCGUGCGGCGUAAGCUGGCUGAACUCCGGCGUGCGGCCGCCGGCCCUGGGGGGCCCCAGGCCCUGGCCCUCACGCCCGUGGAGCAGGCGGUGGCCAAGACCUUCUCCUGCCAGGCCCUGUGCCCCGAGGGCUUCGGCCCGGAGCCGCCCCGAGCCGCCCAGGUGGACCCAGGUGACCUCCAGGAGCUGUUCCAGCAGACGUCGGCCAGCGUCUUCCGAAUCAACUCCCACGUGACCUCCUUGGAGCAGAGCCUCCGGUCCCUGGGGACGCCGAAUGACACGCAGGAGCUGAGGGAGAGCCUGCAUGUGACGCAGCAGGAGGCGAACAAGAGCAUCGCGGCCGGGGCCGGCACCGUGAGGCAGAUGAUGGAGCUCCUGCACGGCUCCCACGUUCUCUCUUUGCAGCAGGAGUGUCUCCAGCUGGACCGUCUGAAGACUCAGCUGUCCGACGCGGUGCAGCGCUACGGGGGUGUGCAGAAGAAAAUCGCCGAGAAGUCCCGAGCCCUGCUUCCCACGGCACAGCGGGGCAGCAAACAGCAGAGUCCCCGGGCCCCUUUUGCUGAGCUGCCUGAUGAUGAAAAGAUCUUUAACGGGAGUGAUGGCAUGUGGCAGGGCCAGGAGCAGGCGCUACUUCCGGAGAUCACGGAGGAGGACCUGGAGACCAUCCGGCUGCGCGAGGAAGCCGUCCUGCGGAUCGAGAGUGACUUGUUGGAUGUCAAUCAGAUCAUCAAGGACUUGGCCUCCAUGGUGUCAGAGCAAGGAGAUGCCAUCGGUAGUAUUGAAGCCAGCCUUGAGGCUGCGUCCUCGCACACAGAGGCGGCCGGCGAGCUCCUGGCUGGAGCCGGCCGGCAUCAAGUCACUACCCAGGCCCCCGUGCGGCUCGGGGCUGCCUCUGGCCGCUCUGGUCUGGAGCCGGGGGGCCGCCCCUUCUUAGAGCCCCAGAGCCUGGCUUGGGGCAAGUCCGCUGCUCAGAGGCGUGAGAGCAAACAUCAGGCCCUCAUCUGCUCGCGAUGGGGCCUCGAGCAGCCCGGGGACUGA